UGACAGAGGCAAACAAAAUGGCGGUGCCGAAGGGGAGACUGUGGCUCAGGGCCCAACUGGGGAUCUCGCCGCUGCUGCUGCUGGCCAUGGCUCUGGCCGGAGGCUCGGGAACCGCUUCAGCUGAAGCCUUUGACUCGGUCUUGGGUGAUACGGCGUCUUGUCACCGGGCCUGUCAGUUGACGUAUCCCUUGCACACCUACCCCAAGGAAGAGGAGUUGUACGCAUGUCAGAGAGGUUGCAGGCUGUUUUCAAUUUGUCAGUUUGUGGAUGAUGGAAUUGAUUUAAAUCGGACCAAACUGGAAUGUGAAUCUGCAUGUACAGAAGCAUAUUCCCAAUCUGAUGAGCAAUAUGCUUGCCAUCUUGGUUGCCAGAAUCAGCUGCCAUACGCAGAACUGAGACAAGAACAACUCAUGUCCCUGAUGCCAAAAAUGCAUCCACUGUUCCCUCUAACUCUGGUAAGAUCAUUCUGGAGUGAUAUGGUGGACUCUGCACAGAGCUUCAUAACCUCUUCGUGGACUUUUUAUCUUCAAGCUGAUGAUGGAAAAAUAGUUAUAUUCCAGUCUAAACCAGAAAUCCAGUAUGCACCACAGUUGGAGCAGGAGCCUACAAAUUUGAAAGAAUCGUCACUAAGCAAAAUGUCCUCAGAUCUGCAAAUGAGAAGUUCACAAGCACAUAGGAACUAUCUUGAAGAUGGAGAAAGUGAUGGCUUUUUAAGAUGCCUGUCUCUUAACUCUGGGUGGAUUUUAACCAUGACUCUUGUCCUCUCUGUGAUGGUGUUGCUCUGGAUUUGUUGUGCAACUGUUGCUACAGCUGUGGAGCAGUAUGUGCCCUCUGAGAAGCUGAGUAUCUAUGGUGACUUGGAAUUUAUGAAUGAACAAAAGUUAAACAGAUAUCCAGCUUCUUCUCUUGUGGUUGUUAGAUCUAAAGCUGAAGAUCAUGAAGAAGCAGGGCCUCUACCUGCAAAAGUGAAUCUUGCUCAUUCAGAAAUUUAAGCUUUUUUUUUUUUUUUAAGAAAAGUGGAAUAGACAUCUAAGUUUCCAUUCCUCAUAGAGCUUUUUAAAAUGGUUUCAUUGGAUAUAGGGCUUAAAAAUCACUAUUAAAUGCAAAUAAAGUUACCCAAAUCUGUGAA